CGUUUGGUGCGUUGGGUGGGAUUUGUUUUUCGACCGUUUUGUUUUGACUACGGUGUUUUCUGACAGAUUAAUGUUUUGCUCGGGCAGUGUUGUGUAAUGAAAGCAGCAUUUUUGUGUUAGUAGCAUUAGAUUUUUUGUUUCACUAUCUGCAUCGAUCGCCAGAAACGUGUUAGUUAUGAGUUUAUUACAAAUCGGUGCUCUAAAAAGCACCCCGCAUAAUCUGUGGCUUAAGUUGGGACGAUGCAUUCUAAGGUUUUACUCGAUCACGGACUUGCAAACAAACAGAGACCUCACAUCCGCGAUGAAACUGGAAAUAGAGCAAAAAUGGCGCAACCGAUUGAAAGAAUAUCGCUUUAAUCCGAGCUGUACUAGUCGGCCGAAGCGCUACGUUCUGUCUAUGUUUCCAUAUCCUUCCGGAAAUCUACAUAUGGGUCAUGUACGAGUGUACACGAUUAGCGACGCAAUGGCUCGGUUCUACCGGUUAAACGGGGCCAACGUUCUUCAUCCGAUGGGCUGGGACGCGUUUGGGUUGCCGGCUGAAAAUGCUGCCAUGCAGCGGCACAUCCCUGCCGACGUCUGGACCAAGCAGAAUAUAGCACAAAUGAGAAAACAAUUUGACAUGUUGCAGUUUAGCUUCGACUGGGAACGGGAGUUUGCGACCUGUGAUCCGGAGUACUAUCGAUGGACGCAGAAAUUGUUUCUGAUGCUUUACGAUGAUGGAUUGGUGUAUCGUAAGAAAGCUCUCGUCAAUUGGGAUCCGGUUGAUGAAACAGUGCUGGCUGACGAACAGGUUGACGCUAAUGGAUGUUCGUGGCGGUCUGGAGCUAAGGUUGAGAAAAAAGUUCUCAGCCAGUGGUUUAUAAAAACAACGAAAUUUGCCAAAUCGCUGUAUGACGGGUUGUCCAAUCCAAUAUUGCAAGAUUGGAAAGACAUCAUAAAGCUGCAAAAACACUGGAUUGGUGAGUGUGAUGGGUACGUGUUUGAUCUUAAGGUUACCGGAGAACCUAAUUUCAUUCCUGUAUGGGUUAAGGAUCCAGAGCAGAUGAAGGAGGCACUGUUUGUAGCAGUCAAAUCGACAAAUUUGCUCAACACUGCUAAGAUUCCAUCAGGGAGACUAAAUUUAGAGAUUGAGAAUCCGAUUUCAGGCCGCCGUCUUCCUGUUGUAGUCGCGGAUGACAUCGAGUUUCCCGAAGGGAACGAUUAUUAUUUAGGAGUAGCGUCGCUUGAGCGUGAUCGACAGUUGGCUGAUUCGUAUCAAAUUGACUCUCAAUGCGUUCCUAGCGAAGAGAAUGUUUUGCAGAAAGCUGCUCGUCUUGGAAUCGGUGGUUAUCCGUCAAGCUCUAAGUUACGAGAUUGGUUAAUUUCUCGUCAGCGAUUCUGGGGAACUCCUAUUCCCAUCGUGCACUGUUCUAACUGUGGAAAUGUGCCCGUUCCAGAUAGUAUGUUGCCGGUUCAACUACCUCUGGACUCGGUAGGUACACCGUUGUCUCAGAAUGAAGAUUGGAUUCAAACUAGCUGUCCUAAAUGCGGCUCUAAAGAUGCGCGGCGUGAGACGGACACGAUGGAUACAUUUGUGGACAGUUGUUGGUACUUUUUAAGGUUUAUAGAUUCAAAAAAUAAAAAAGCCCCGUUCGACUCGAAUCUGGCGCAGCAGCUGAUGCCGGUAGAUCUGUACGUGGGUGGCAAAGAGCAUGCCGUUCUGCAUAUGUACUAUGCAAGGUUUAUGAACCACUAUUUGCAUAGCAAGGGUUUGGUGUCAUCGCCAGAACCGUUCAAGCGAUUACUGAUACAGGGAAUGGUUAUGGGACGAUCUUUUCGCUUGAAAGGCAGUGGCCGAUAUCUUCCUGCGUCGGAGGUCGAAAUUAUCGAUGAGAAAAAGAACAAGGCAAUUGAGAAGUCUACUGGUGAUCCGGUGGUGGCAAUGUGGGAGAAGAUGUCCAAAUCAAAACUGAACGGUGUUGAUCCUUUGGAUGUGCUGAAGGAGCAUGGCUGCGAUACUUUAAGGUUAAUCAUGCUGGGGGAUGUCGCUCCAACUUCGCACAGGAAUUGGUCAGAAGCAACAUUCCCGGGUAUUUUAAACUGGCAGAAACGCAUCUGGAUGACGUUGCACGAUUUUCGAUUAAUUCGAACGAAUAUAGCCGCUGGUCGAACAGCUCCAGAUAGUGAAGAACUACGCCAGCAGGGUCUUAAGCUAUGGGACGCACGCAAUUAUUUCACUGCGGGGACCACAUUCAACUACCGCCAUUCACAUCAGCUGAGUGUGGGCAUUUCCAAGAUGCAGGGCCUGACGAACGCAAUUCGUCGGGCGGGGCCGGAAGUGGUGGCGUUUAGCGGGCAAUACGAACGCGCAAUUGCAGCGCUUAUAAUUAUGCUAGCUCCAAUGGCACCACACUUCGCAUCUGAACUGUGGGAACAGUUUGUGGCGUUGCCCUGCCGGUUGAACGGCAGCUCCGAAGAAAUUCAGUGGGAAAAGGGACUGUUCGAGCAAAAUUGGCCGGUUGUUGAUGAGAAUUUUGAGUUGGAUUUGACCUUUAAGGUCAACGCAUUUGAGUGCUGCCAUAUCAAAUUACCUGCGAAAGCGUUGAACCAGCUUACUCACCAGCAGUCAUUAGAUCUUGGCUUCCAGCAAGAGGCUGUACUAAAAUAUAUUGGGAAACGGAAAGUUCGCAGCACUGAACUCGUACUGUAUCCUAGUUGUGAUGCUAUUUUGAAUGUCUUAGUAGAACAGUCGUCCAGUCAGAGCAAAGAAAGCUCAUCUGAUGAGCCUAAGAGUAAAAAGGGAAAAAAGUCUAAAAAAGCGAAGAAUAAUCAGAAAGUAGUGGUAAACCAAUAGUCAUUAAAAAUCAUUAAAAUUAUUCAAGAGGUAUAAACGAUA